AUGCUGGCACGUUACAUGAUGAAUAACCAUUUGGGUUUUAUAUGGAAUACUGUCAACUCCUUUAUGCCUGCAGCCUACAUAAUCAAAGAGGCCAUUCCUGAGAAACCCAUUGCAGAAACCUGGGUGACCGUGGUCACGGGAGCGGGAGGCGACCUCAAGGAUGCUGGCGGGGUCUUCCCAGAUGUUGCCAUUUGGGACGAUGAUGGCAACAGAGUUGGUCGAUACCGCACCCAGCUAGGUGACAAAAUUGACCAGAGCAGCGAGCGUACGGUCAAGAUACCAAACAAUGAGAACGACGGAAAGGUGGCCGAUCCCCACUACAUCAUGUUGAGUCACGACACCGAUGCAACUUGCAUAACGAUGGUCCAAGUUUCCAACGGCCAGCUUAGUGGGACGUUUUUUGGCGACACCGGAUACAAAUGCGGCCAAGCAUGGUACCACAGCCAGCGCAAGUUCAAAGGGGACAAUCUAAUGACCAAAUGCGUUUGGCUGGACUCGGACCAUUCGCACCCAAACUUCAACGCCAGGGCCAUGAGCUUCCACGUCAGAGACAUGCUGCCUUCUCCGGACAAGUUGAAGCUAUACAAUAGCGAGUUGGCGUAUCUGUGCGGUAGCACACCUCGCUACUCUUUCUGGAGACACCUCAUCCCCGACGGAACGAUACCUUUCUUCUAUCCACCGUUGAAGUAUAACAAGGACUCCCUUAACCCAAAAGUCGAGGGCACAAAUGAGAACCCGAUCGACGCGCUAGAUCGAUUCAAGUACAAUAAGGACGUGUACGUUCAACAGGGUGAAUCUGAAAAGGAGUAUCGACGCAGAAGCAGAGUUCGGUCAACACGCUUGAGCAAGAGACAGGGCUCAAACAUGGAUCCUGAUCACCUGGUCUUGACCGAGAUACCUGGUCAGACGGCCCAAGAGAUUUGCGAACACCCCAAAUCGGUCGGAUACGACAUUGUGUCCUUUUUUGACAUGAAGUACUGCGAUCUCUCUAGGAGGAGGCUUUACGACCUUUGCGCAGGAGCUGUGGUGACCAACUGUUUUGACGCCAACAGUACCACUCUCAUUGGGUUUCGUGCCCUGUCAGGGAGAGGUGAAGAUUCCGCGUCGAAGGAAGAGAGGAAAAUUUACAAGACUCGGGCUCAUUGGAAAUGA